AUGCCCGUCCCAAUGCCUCAACACGCCGUGCCUCCUCAAUACAUGGCGCCUCAGCGUAACCUACAGCACCAGAACGACGCUGCCCUCCGCCGCAGCCGCAAGCCUACUGACAAGAAUAUCCCAGAUGGUGUUGAAGACGUUGUCAUCGGAGAGGGUGUGCAACAGUAUAAGAGCUUGCGCGACCUGGAGAAGCGUCUAGAUGCGGCGAUUGUGCGGAAGAGGUUGGACAUCCAAGACUCAAUCAGUAAAACAGUCAAGAAGUACCGGACAAUGCGCAUCUGGGUCUCGAAUACGGUGGAGAACCAGCCGUGGCAGACCGGUCAGAAUGGCUCGGUACCUGGAACAACCCCUGGCUCAGGGCGAUACAAGGUGCGGAUAGAGGGCCGGCUGUUGGAGGAUGUUAGCGACCUUGCGGAGAAAGACAGUGACGACGAGGGUGGUGCCCAGGGGCCUGGAGAUGCGAUGGCGGAAGACGGUUCUGAUGGGAAGAAGGCAGCCACCACCAAGCGUUCCGAACAGCGGUUCUCGCACUUUUUCAAAUCAAUCACUGUUGACUUUGAUAAGUCUCCGUCAACAAGCCCUGCCGAGAUGCAAACAAUAACUUGGACGAAACCCCAAGUACCACCUAAUGCAGUAAACCUGCCGCCCAACGCAGAUUUCGAUAGCGUGCAAUUUUCCCGCGCAUCCCAGGAAAAUCUGAAUGUCACCAUCAGCCUUGUACGAGACGAGACGCCUGAGCGCUACAAGCUAAGCAAGGAACUAGCGGAGGUGCUCGACGUCGAGGAGGAGACCCGAAGCGGUAUUGUGCUGGGUAUCUGGGACUACAUCCGCGCUAUGGGGCUACAGGAAGAUGAGGAGAAAAGAUUAGUACGUUGUGACGAUCGUCUGCGAGCGAUCUUCGGCCGCGACCAGAUGUUCUUCCCUCAAAUUCCGGAAAGCAUCGGCCCUCACACCAGCCCUCUCGACCCCAUCAAACUCCCCUACACAAUCCGCGUCGACGAAGAAUUCCACAAAGACCCUACUCCCACCGUCUAUGACAUCCAAGUCGCCGUUGAAGACCCCCUCCGCUCAAAAAUGCUAGCCCUAACCCAGAAUCCCCAGUACGCCGCGGGGAUGCGCCAAAUCGCCCAGCUGGACGACCAGGUUGCCCUCAUCAUCCAGGCCCUUACGCAUUCGCGCGCAAAGCACUCCUUUUUCACCGCGCUCAGCAAGGACCCGGCUACGUUUGUCCGUCGCUGGAUUAACUCUCAACGCAGAGACCUCGAGACGAUCCUUGGCGAAGCUACCCGGGGUGGUGGCGAGGAUGCCAGUGGGCCCGAGUUCCGACGUGGUGGCUCAAACAGCGUUUGGGAUACGGCUGUUGCUCACGAGGCUGUGCGGUAUAUGCUUGCGAAGCCCGACGCUGGUAUGAGUCGGUAA